AUGCUUAAAUAGAAUAUAGAACUUUCAUAAAACAACCCAUUUAGUAAUACUAUAAAUCAGCCAAACCAUGAGGAUUAGCACCUCAAGACAGGUCCUGAUCUUCACCAACAACAAUAGUAACAUUAGAAACAUUUAAAGCACACCGCAUUCAUUUAUUUAAUGUCUCUAAACGCUUGUCUUGGUUCUUUCUUCUUCGGCUACAACUUGGGAGUUUACAACACAUGCUAGAAAGUAAUAGCAAAAUUGAACAAUUGGGAUAGUGACUAAAGUACUUAAUUUACAUCCAUUAUUACUGCAGCUAUGCCCUUAGGUGCUCUUAUAGCAGCUAUUUUUAGUAAGAAACUCAUAGCAGCCCUCAAAGGUAUAAGAAGAUCUAUGAUCCUCUUCGAUAUAAUUGGUAUAAUCGGUACCAUAAUUCUAAUUUGUUAACAUGAUCUCUCCAACCUUAUCAUCGGAAGAAUCGUUAGUGGAUUUUGCAUAGGUAUGAACACAUCUUUGGUACCAGAAUACAUUAGAGAUUUUUCACCUGUUGAAAUAAGAAGUAGAGUGGGAUCAAUUAAUUAAAUUUUAUUGACAACAGGUGUUUUCAUCAGCUAUUUAAUGAGUUUAAUUCUUCCUCUUCCUAACGAACUCAAGACAAAUCCAGAUGGCAACUAUGAUGUCAACUGGAGAUUUGUUUUGGGUCUUCCAAUAGCUACAUGCACAUUGAGACUUCUUCUACUUUGGUUUAAGUUCACUCACGAGACUCCUACUAUUAUGGUUAAACAACAUCACUUUUAGGAAGUUAGAGAAUAUUUAUAAAUGGUUUACGAAGAUGAUGAAGACUAAAAAAAGGCUUACUCUGAAAUUUGUGAAGUAGCAGGAGUUGGAUCAGAAGCAGAAUAAGUAGAUUAGCUAUAAAGUUCUGUUUAAGAUUAAAAUGGAAAAUCCAUUAAAUAAUCAGAAGAAAAGCUUGAUAAAAAUCAUAAAAAGCCAAAUCAAAAGGAAGGUUCUCCUUAAUAAUCUCAUAACAACAAUGUUGCAAUCGAUAUGACUAUAAUGAACGAAGAACAUAUUAGUUAUGAAAAGUAAAUGGAAUUGCUAGACAAAAAAAGUUAUUGGAAAAGAAUAGCGCUUGGCUGCAUUAUUUAAUAUGGAACUCAGUGCUCAGGUGUCAAUGCUUUGCUCUUUUAUUCAAAUUAAAUCUUUUAGUAAACAACUGGCUCAGAAAUGACUUCAAGAAUCUGCACAAUUUUCUUAGGUCUUUCCAUGGCUGUAUAUUCAUUGAUUUCUAUGUAGCUUGUAAUAAAAUUCGGUAGAAGAUCGAUUAUGAAUUACUCAGUAUUACUAACAACAGUAAUGCUUGUGCUAUUUGCUAUCUUACAAAAACUUCCCUCAACCUACGGAAUUUAGAUUACAGGAAUUUUAUUUAUCUUUAUAUAUAUGUUUGGAUGGUAAGCAGGUCUUGGUACUACAGUUUGGGUUUAUAACAAUGAAAUUUUAGAUAGAAUAGGAUUGGCAUGGUCCUCUUUUAUUAGAUGGCUAUUUACUAUGUUAGUAGGUGUUGUAUUCCCAUAUAUGAAUAACUCGAUGGGUCUAUUUGGUGCCUUCCUUAUUUUUGGUGGACUUACUUUCAUGUGUUUAAUUUAUUUCUGGCUUUUCAUGUAUGAGACAAAGGGAAAGUCAAGAUUAGAAAUUAUGAAAUUAUUUAAUAAAUAAAAGGACAUUGAUUAGUUUGAAAAAGAAGCAAAGGAAUUUGCAAAAUAAAAAGUGUAAUAAAAUAGGAGUCAUUAAGAUUCUGAACAUUCAUGA